AUGUUGAGCGGGACUUCAGUUUUGGAUGCCGGCGAGCCUAACGGCGCGAUCGAGAUUAUCGGUCGUCUCCUGUCGCCGGUCGCCGCGGCAGAGGUCGGGACGAUCAGAGCUGAACGCAAGUCUAACCCGCUGUUAUGGGCCGAUCGAUGGGCCGAGAAAUGCAGCAAGAGAAACCACGUGAAAGUCCCCGACGUGCCUUUAGUAUUUAAUCCAGCACCUACUUUCAUCCCGAUGCACACGGUAAAGGACGAUAGUACCGACUACGAAGCUGAGCUCACCAUCGUGAUCGGGAGGACGUGUAAGAACGUGAGCAAGUCGGAAACGUUGGGCUAUGCUCUCAGCUACACGGCUGCCAACGAGGUAUCCAGCAGGGUAGCACAGCUGGCGCAGAGUUAA